AAAGUAUUAAAGUAUUUUAGUGAGGGCAAUUUGUCAGAAUUAGUGGAAUCAUUGUUGUAUGAAUGGGAAGAAUCGGCUCCACCUUCAAAUGCAAUCCAACAGCUUGUGUCACUUUUAUGUAAAGCUUUAUUCUUUGCUCAUGAUAAGAUUGCUACUCGAUCCUAUACUCCUGAAUUACCAGAAAUCCCUUUUGAAGUGGAUGAUGAUGAUGGUAUCGCAAUUAAAAUAGUUAGGCUAGUUAAAGCCAAUGAAGCUCUUGGUGCAACAAUAAAAUGUGAUACAAAUGGUUCAGUUUUCAUUGCACGAAUUAUUGCUGGAGGAGUUGCUGAUCGAAGUGGAUGUGUUCAAGUUGGUGACAGAGUAAUGGAGGUUAACGGCAAUCCUGUUACUGGGAUGAAACCAUCAGACAUAGUCAAACUUUUAAGCACAGGUAAUGGGUCGGUAACUUUCAAACUUAUUCCUACCGAUAUUCCAACGACUAUUGAUUAUGCAGAAAAGCGGUACGUGCGCUCGUUGGUUGACUAUUCGAGCAAUAAAGACACAAUGCAUCCUUGUCCAGAAGCUGCUUUGUCUUUCACAAGAGGUGAAAUUUUGGAGCUAAUUGUUACUGAUGAUGAGCACUGGUGGCAAGCAAGGUCGUUUGGUUAUGGUGCAUUUGCAUCAUCUGAAUCAGUUGAACGAAAGGUCGGUCUGAUUCCAUCCGAAUUGUUAUAUGAAAAGCGGCGGGCACUGCGAGAUAGCACAAGAAAUUCUAUGAGGAGAACAUCAAAAAAUAUGAUGUAUGAAUCAGUCGUAAAAUUAGCCCCUGCUAGACUAAAUCAGCGUCCAAUCAUUUUAAUUGGACCUCCAGGUGUUGGUAGAAAUGAAUUAAGAAAAAGGUUAAUAAUGAAGAAUGGUGAACGUUAUGCCACCACAGUUCCACAUACUAGCAGACCUCCACGGAUUCAUGAAAUUGACGGAGUUGAUUAUUAUUUCGUUUCUCGGAGUGAAAUGGAAAAGGAUAUACGUCAAGGAAAAUAUUUAGAAUUCGGUGAGUAUAGGGGAAACCUGUAUGGAACAUUAGCUGAUUCAGUUCUAGCAGUUAUGAAACAAGGACGUGUUCCCGUUCUCAAUCCACAUCAUCUUGCUCUUCGUAUACUAAGAUCAUCGAUGUUCAGGCCCUUUAUAGUUUUCGUAAAACCGCCUUCUUUGGAACAAUUAACGGAGACCAGAUCACAUUCGAAACUGCGGUUGGUUGGAAAUAAGUUGAAAAAGAAUGGCAGUGGUAUUUUUGCACAAGGUUGCACAGAUUUUGAACAAAUGAUUGCUACUUCCGAACAACUUUGGCAAUUAUAUGGGCAUUAUUUUGAUGCGAUCAUCGAAAAUGGGAACAUAGACCAAGCUUUCUGUCAUUUAUGCCAGUUUGUCGACAAAUUGGAUACGGAAUCAACUUGGGUACCAUCUGAUUGGGCUGAGUAA